AUGUCGAACGAUCCCUCCACCUCAUCCACCGCAGAAGAUCAUCAAGACACCAUCAGUUCCACCACCACCACCACCACCACCCCAACAAUUACCACUUCUGCCUCAUCAGACCACUCAUCAUCCCUCUCCAAAGCCCAAUCAACAAUCCAGUCCCUCUCAACCAUCCUCCCCUCUCUCCCUCCUUCCCUCGCCUCCUCCUCCAACCCUUCCCGCUCCCUCCUCCAUGACCACCACACCGCCUCCCACAUCUCCUCCCUUCUCUGCCUACCCGACUCCGGUGCAGGCGACAACAACCUCUGCCGUUGGCUCUACGACACCUUCCAAUCCUCCGAUAACGACCUCCAACUUGUGGUCCUUCGCUUCCUUCCCAUCAUCGCCGGUGUCUACCUCUCCCGCGUGUCUCUUCGUAUACCCAUAGCCGGCUUUGAGGCUGUUCUGUUAGCCCUCUACGCCCACGAAACCACCACACGUGCCAGCCAGGCCAUUACCGUCAACGUGCCUGACUUGUCACACCCCAGCCUUUACCACGAAACAAAGGCACCCAUUAAGAACAAUUCGACAGGCCUAAACUUGGCCGUUAUAUCCCCCAGCUUGGAACCCUAUGGCACAGUGAGGUCCACAAGGAGGGCGAGGAUUGUUGGGGUUGCGCUGGAGUUGUACUACAGCAAGAUAGGUGAAAUGCCGGUGCAGUCUAAAAUCGAGUUUUGUGAGUUUUGUAGGGUUUGGGCUGGCGAAGACGGCGAAAUGUACAAGGAGAUGACUGGUAGUAGUAGUAGUAGCAGCAGCACUAAUAAACGUAAAGAAGAGGGUGGAAAGUGUGAAGUACAGGAGGAUGGAAAUGAUGAGAAUAAGGAAGGUGGUUCGGGAAAGGCUGUGGUGGGCGUGGGCAUGGGGAGAAUUCCACUGCCGUGGGAAUUACUGCAGCCGGUUUUGCGAAUUUUGGGACACUGCCUUUUGUGUCCAAACCAAAACAAGGAGGUGAUUGAUAAGGCGAGCAAGGCUUGUACCAGUUUGUAUGCGAGGUCUAUGCAUGAUAUCAAUCCCAAGGCUAUUUUGGCCACUAGGAGUCUGCUUAGGCUGACCAACACGGCGGCCAAAGAUGAUAAUUUUGAUCCAACUGAAAUUCCUAAAUCUCGAGUUAUCAGUAUCUAG